AUGACAUCGUGGAUCGGCACAAAUCUGACGCCUCGCGGAUCAAUUCCUGGAUCUGGGCCUCCGGCAUCCAGUACUCCCUCAGCCGGAGCUUCGAGCAAAAGAGAACUGGAGCUCGUUCUCGCCGUCAAAGGGGACGUCGACGAAAGUCUCCGAGCACAGGGUGGUCUCGCCGCCGCCGGCGUCUUUUGGUUUGAGGAUGAAAUUGGUCCGAAACUGGAAGUCGAACAGGCAGCGAGCCCGGCACUGCAUACGCCGGUACAAGUCCAUAUUCCUGCCGUCGUCGAUCUGGAUCUGGUGGCGGUAAUCGUACCCCGGCCGCCGUCGUCUAUCCACGGGAUUCAGAUCCAUGACUCUCUUUAG